AUGUCUCCGGCUGACGUUCUGCUCGAAACUCUCGUCCCGGGCUACGGGCUUUUAGCUCGUUCACUUCAAUCCUAUUUUCACGUUGAUAUUAUUUCCUAUCUUCUUGUCCUGGUAGGGCCUUUUGCGUUCUGUGCGUAUGUUAUGCCAUCGUUUUGGGCCCAACUCCAAUCCCUCUUUCUACUGUUAUCAACGUCAGUUGAAAUCCGAUACCACGACGAACUGUUUGAUGAUGCCAUGCGAUGGAUUUCUAACCAGAGCACCUUGAACCGUACGUUACGAUUCGUUGCUGGCACGAGAAUGGACUUUGCUACCCUUUGGGAUAACACGGAAGACGACGAGCGAGAUUUGUCUGAAACAGAUCAAUUGCGAUUCGAAAAUGAUCCAAGGCCAUUUUGGAUAAAGAGGACGGAACUUAACAAUCUUCAACAAAUUCGUUAUACCCCCGCACCAAAUCAAAUACAUUAUUUUACCUUCCGCGGGUGUUUAAUUGCUCUGCGUCGUCAACCAUAUGAGGAUUCCGGGAAUCCUUGGGCUGCAAGCAUGGAAAAGCUAUAUUUCUAUGCAGCCCCGUGGAGAAGAGAUGUAUUAAAGGGCCUCCUGUAUAGCAUCCAGAAGGCCUCUACCGAGCAUGACAGGCACCAUGUUGUUGUAAGACGCGGGCUUAGAUUGGGAUCCGAUUUUCAGUGGACACGGAUGGCAUCCAAGAAACCACGGUCCCUGUCGACAGUUAUCAUGGAUUCGGAACUGAAAAGUGGUAUUGUCCAAGAUAUAGAAAAUUACCUACAUCCUCGCACCCGUUCCUGGUACCAGUCCCGAGGUCUUCCGUAUCGGCGAGGCUACCUUUUCUACGGCCCGCCAGGUACAGGGAAGUCAAGUCUGUGUUUUGGAAUUGCCAGUCUGGUACAGCUUGAAAUUUUUAUGGUCAGUCUCAGCGCAGGUGAUCUUGACGAAAAUGGGCUGGCUCUUCUGUUUCAAUCCCUUCCAAAUCGAUGCAUCGUUCUGUUUGAAGAUGUGGACCAGGCCGGCAUUCGGAAACGCGGCACCGAUAUUCCUCUGUCCCGGAACCGAUAUAAAACAGACGAGAUCACUGAAUGCGACAGCUUAGAAUAUCACAGCUCCGAGCGGCGAUCAAGCGGGAUAACCCUUUCUGCAUUACUCAAUGUCAUUGACGGUGUGUCAGCGCAGGAAGGUAGAAUCCUAAUCAUGACAACUAAUCACAUCGAAAAACUCGACGACGCUCUCCUUCGCCCUGGACGUGUGGAUAUGAAAGUUCCCUUCCACCACGUCGACUCAUCAGCUAUUCAACAGCUUUUUCUUACCUUCUUUCUAAAGCCCACUGAUGCACUGGUUAUGGGAGGCAAAGAGUUAACCAACUCGAUCGAUUCACCACUUACAACGGCCAGCCCUGAUUGGGCGAUAGAUGAUAUUAUGAAAUGGUCACACGUAUUUGGAGAUAAAGUUCCCCAGGGCCGUUACACUGCAGCGGAGGUUCAAAACUAUCUGUUGCCAUACAGGAAUAAUCCUGAAUCCGCAGUUCGUGAUGUGGCAGGAUGGGUGAGUCUCUCGUGCAACUGA